CAUUUCCCUACAGUAACAUCAAAAAAAGUUUGUUCACUAUACUACCCAUCUGCUCUACUCCUCAGCACUUCCAAACACGGACAAGUCGUCGACAUCUCAUUAUGUCUAUCCCAGCCUUCUCUGACAUUGCUAAGCCCUCCAAUGAUCUCUUGACGAGGGACUUUUAUCACACGGCUUCUGCAAACCUUGAGGUCAAGUCGAAAGCUCCUAAUGGUGUUGCUUUCACCGUUAAGGGAAAGAAUGACCACAAAGUCGGAGCCAUCAGUGGUCAGAUUGAGGCCAAGUAUUCCGACAAAUCAACUGGUGUGACCCUUACCCAGGCCUGGACAACCACCAACGCUCUCGAUACUAAGAUCGAGUUGGACAAUACUCUUGCAAAGGGUCUUAAGGCUGAGGCCAUUAUUAACCCCCUGCCCGCAAGCAAGUCCAAGGGAGCCAAGCUCAACAUCCAUUUUCGUCAACCAUUGUUCCAUGCCCGUGGUUUCUUUGAUAUUCUUAAGGGUCCCUCUUUUACGGGUGAUGUCGUUGUCGGUCAUGAUGGCUUUCUCGCGGGUGCUGAAGUUGGCUACAAUGUGGUCAGUGGCAGUAUCACUCGUUACUCUGCCGCCGUGGGAUACUCUGUGCCCGAGUAUACCGCUGCUAUCACUGCGACAAACAACUUAAAUCUUUUUGGUGCCUCUUACUACCACCGUGUCAAUGCCCAAGUUGAGGCUGGUGCUAAGGCCACAUGGGAUGCCAAGGGUGGAAACGCGAGUGGUGUUGGUCUUGAGAUAGCAGGCAAGUACAAGCUUGAUUCUUCUGCUUUCUUCAAGGCCAAGAUCAACAAUCAAGGAAUUGCUGCUCUUGCCUACAACCAACUUCUCCGCCCUGGUGUUACCUUAGGUCUGGGGGCCUCAGUUGAUACCCAGCGCUUGAAUGAGUCUGCUGCAGCCCACAAGCUUGGUCUUAACUUUGUCUUCGAGGCUUAGGUGUAGAGUCAUGACGGAAUAGGCACCUUUGUUACUUGAAGCCUGUUAAUAGAAGCGAACUUUGAUCUUCUCUUUGUAGUUAUCCGGUCCGAACAAAAAAUGCCACUAUGCGGUUUUUUCCGUAUAAAAAUCUCGAA